CUCCCCCGCGGCGGCGGCUCGGGGCGCCUCGGCAGCGUCCCUGCGGCAGCUGGCGGCGGUCGCGGCCAUGGGGGGGAAGAGUUUCCGCCUCGGCAUCCUGACCCUCGCCGUGCUGCUCCUGGCCGCCGCCUCGGAGGGCGCGGAACCGCCGCCGAGCUGCGAGGCGGUCCGGAAAGUUUUCCAGCUGCGGCGGCUCGGCCCGCUCGGCGGCGUCCCGGAGUUCCCGCGGGCAGGUGUCGAUCUCCAGGUUUGUACUUCUAAAAAUCCAACAUGCUGUACCAAAAAGAUGGAAGAAAGGUAUCAGAUUGCAGCAAAGCAAGACAUACAGCAAGUGCUUCAAACAUCAAGUGCUACAUUAAAAUUUUUAAUAUCUCAUAAUGCAGCUGCUUUUCAAGAAACCUUUGAAAUGCUCAUCAGACUGGCUGAGAAUUACACAAGCACACUUUUCUGCAAUGCGUAUAGAAACAUGGCUGCUGAGGCUACUGUGCAUGUGCAGGAGUUUUUCACAGAUGUUGGGCUCUUCUUAUUUGGCACAGAUGUCAGCACAGAGGAAUUUGUGAAUAGAUUUUUUGACAUCCUGUUUCCAGUAGUUUACAACCAUGUGAUUAAUCCUGGUCCAGCUGACAUUUCCCUGGAAUAUGCAGAGUGCCUCCAAGCGGUGAGAAGAGACAUCAGGCCCUUUGGCAACGUUCCCAAAAAGGCCGUAGGACAAAUGGGAAGGUCACUCUUGCCCAGCCGGACUUUCUUGCAGGCUCUGAAUUUGGGGAUUGAAGUGAUCAAUACAACAGAUCACCUACGCUUCUCCAGAGACUGCAGCAGAGCUUUGCUGAGAAUGCAGUACUGCCCCCACUGCCAGGGGCUGACGCUGAGCAAGCCCUGCAUGGGCUACUGCCUCAACAUCAUCCGAGGCUGCCUGGCUGGCGUAGCCGAAGUUGAUCUCCACUGGCAGGGGUACCUCCAGUCCCUGGAGGAGCUCUCAGGAGCCCUGAGCGGAGCACACGGCAUCGAGCACGUGCUGCUGAACUUCCAUUCCCUUGUUCAGGACGCUCUGGAACAGGCUCGGAUCAAUGUGCCAGAAUUAUCUGAGAAGGUGAAUAAGAUAUGUGGUCCUCCUGUAAGAAAGCCUAAACAUUCUCCAAGUUGCUCCUUUGAUCAGAACAAAGAUAAUCAAGGGUUGAAGAUGUUCUCCAGAGGCAGUGAACAAACACUCACCAACAGAAGAAAGGAGUUUAUCAGGCAUCUCCGGCCCUACUGAGCCUUUUUCGGCGGCCUGGCGGAUCAGCUGUGCGGGAGUGAACUGGUGGCUGCCGAUGGUCUCCCCUGCUGGAACGGAGAAGGUGUCCUAAGAAGCUAUAUGCACCGUGUGGUUGGCAGUGGAAUCAAAGCUCAGUCUGCAAAUCCAGAAGAAAAAGUGAAGGGAACAGAUCCUGUAAUAAGUCAAAUGAUUGACAAGCUGAAGCACGUUAUUCAGCUGUUGCAGGGCAAAUCAUUUCCAAAAUAUGACAAAUGGGAUUUCCAACAAACAGGCAGUGGUGGAGGUGUAGAUGAACAAAUCAGUGGUGACUGUGAUGAUGAAGAUGGUUGUGGAGGAUCUGGAAGUGGAGAAUUCAAAAAAGUCCUGAAAAUUACAGAUCAUGUGUGUACACCAGGAUUUUCAAUUCUCUGCAAAACAAAGUCAAAGAAUUGUGUCUCACCUCUGAAGUGUGAGAAGUUGUGCCUCUGAUGCUCUUUAUCCAGCUUGGCUAAGGAUGUCAGUAAGACUGAUGCUACUGAGGGGCCAGAAUGGAACUGCAUAUUUUCUUCUAACAGCUCUCCCCUUCACAGAAUUAAACAAGUUAUCUGUUGUGCUGUUUUGGGCUGGGAUAGAAUCAAUUUUCUUCGUUGUACUUUAUAAGGUGCUGUUUUUGGAUUUGGAACCAAACCUCCAUUAAUAAGACAGCAAUGUAUUAGCUAUUAAGCAUCAAGGCCGUUCCUGCUUUUCACAGCAUCCCAUCCCCCUGGGGGCUGAGGAGACACAGCUGGAACAGCUGAGACCAAGUGACCAAAUAUCCCACACCCUUACGGUGCCAUGCUGAGCAAUGAAAGCUGUGGAGGGGGACAGAAGCAGGAAGUGGGGGGGACUUCCAGAGUGAUGGUGUUUGUCUUCACACUGUUGCAUGGAAUCCUGCUUUCCUGGAGAUGGAUGAACACCUGCCUGCCCAUGGGAAGUGAUGAAUGAGUUCCUUGUUUUGCUUUGCUUGUAUGCAUGGCUUUCACUCUUUCUAUUAAACUAUCUUUAUCUCAGUCCACGAGUUUUCUCACUUUUACCCUUCUAUUUCUUUCCGUUCUCGCACUGGGGAGGGGUGAACUAGGAUCUGUGUCGCUAUGUCUGCUGGCCAGGGUUAGACCACACAACUGCAAUAAAUUUUGUCUAUUUAUUCCCUAAGUGAAUAUAUUUAUCUUAGCUUAUUUUCCACAGAUCUUUACUAUAUAUAUUUUUUUUUUUAAUUUGAAAUCUUGAAGAGUGAUAGAAUGAAUGUAGGAUUUGUAACUUAGUUCUGUAUUAUCAUUAAAGAGAACUUCUCAAUGGUAUUGUGCUUAGUGUAGUUUUCUCAGUUGAAAAUAAAAUUAUACUUAUCCACAAUGUAUGUAUGCAGGGCUUAAAAUAAAAAAGUUUGAGGAAUACUAAGCCUGCUAUCCAUCACUUCUUCACAUGACUCUGUAAAGUUCAGUUUAACAGAUUAACAUCAAAAGAGAUGUUUUAAACUCCUGCAUAGCAGAGAAGUGAUUAGAGAAAAACUACAUUCAGAUGAGAUCAUUAGAAAUGAGGAAGGGAAAAAUGGAUGUGAGGAAGUACUAUGGCCACACUAAAUUAUUUCAGAGAAAUGACUGUUCCCUCCAGUGAGUUUCCUAUCCAAAAGCAAACCCAACCAAAUCCUUCAAAUGCAGUGUGGUAUGGCUUUGUCUAACACAUAUUGUUAAAGAAAUACAGUCUUGAAUAAUAUAUUUUAGAUUUAUUUUUAUCUUUUUUGAUAAGAUCUGUAGAGAUUUUCAAAUCUUCCUUUCCAAACUGGUAACAUUCAUUCCCUACAAAAUUAAGAGCUGAUCUUUCCUUGGUGAAUAAUUGAAAUAAAAUGUUAACAAAGGAAAAUGCAGAAACAGAUGUUAAAUUAGUAAGUGGUGGAUUUUUUUUUAACCAAAUCAGCAUACAUCUUUUCUAUUCCUUAUAAGCCAUUACUGAGUUUCGAGCUUGACAUAUUUUCACUUCACAUCUGAGUCUUAGUAGGUGUUUUUUAGAGUAGGCUGGAAGCCCUUCCCAGGUACACUACAGUAUAUAUUGUUUUGAACUUAGACUAAUUUCAGAAACAUCCUUCCUCUGGCACAUCAUCUUUUAUAAGUUAAGAAAAAAUCUUCCAGGUGGAUCUGCUGACAAUAAGGAAUAGUUCCAAAGAAGAGAAAUUCAGACCUUUUAGAAGGAAACCUUACUUUUGCUAGAGAAAACAAUAAGUUUUCAUUAUCUGGCCACUAAGCCUUUCCUGGUUUAUUUGUUAUUUUAUUUGUUUGGGCUUUUUCUGUCCAUUUAUGUAACACAGAAUGUGCAACAACUCACUCGUGGAAGUGCUUCAAUGUUGUGAAAAACAUCCUAGUCAGAAUACAGGCUUUUUCUACUAGUAAAUCUCUUUAUGGAUCUCACCAUCUCACCUGUAAUUCCAGUAUUGAUAUUGGUUUUUCAGAGACUAAUUUGCAUGCACAUGUGAAUACAUCCAAAGUAGAAACUAAAUAAUGUACUUCCUUCUCUGUUACCCCUUUGUUUUAUUUCAAGUACAGUAAAACAGAGGCAACCCUGUACUGGUAUUAAAUCACCUUUAUGAUGAUUAAUACUAUUAAUACCCUUUAUGGUAUUAAAUCUUAUUUCCUACUUUAAACUUCUGUAAAUCACCAAAUGUUUCAAAAUCUUGCAUCACUUAUCUUACUCUGCCUUAUAUAUAUGCCUAAUAAAUAGCUGUCUGUUUUCCAGGUUUUUACUCCUAUAUCUUCCUUUUCUGUAGCAUCCUUUCCUAUAUUCCAGAUUACUCUUAAAAAAUAGCCAUUAUUCCUAAACCAAAUUGAAAUACUUCUGAAUCUGUUCCCAUAUGUUUUAUCUUGGGUUCAUGGUGACUGUUGCACUUUUGGCAUUCUGACAUUUUUGUUUUGCUAAAGUGUGUCAAUUUGGAGAAUCAUAGGAAGGAAGUAAGCCUUUAGUAAUUAAUCAGAAAUAACAUCUAAAGGAAUAGAAUCACUGCUAAAAACCACCUUAUCUUCAAAUUUAUAUAGUUAGAUAAAUUAAAUGUUAUAUAUUUUUAUAAUUCCUAAAGGUAAAUAUGGUGAACUUCAGUAACAGUAUUUUACUUCUGUAAUUUCUGAAAAAUUAAUAUAGAGCAUUGUUGUACCUGCCUAUAUGCUGCAUCAUUAAAAUAUAGGAAGACCCUCCAGGAAAUGUAUUUGGAAAUAAAUAUUAAGUGAGUAUAAAUCCUUUUUCCUUAUACCAUAAUUUAGGAAUAAUACCUUGAAUAUUUAAAAAUUGUCUGAUUGAAUACUUAUAUUCAUGAUGGCAAAAUCAUCUUGUCCAUCACCAAACCUAAAGAUUAUUAGACAGGUCAGUUUGAGGGCAACAGAAAUCUCCAAAAUAUAACUGAGUCCAUCUUAUUUUUGUGUAUUCCAAUAUGGGCCUAUCCUUACUUUUUAAACCUAUCCAUAUCCAAGGGAAAAAUAUUCAAACAAAUGAAAUUAUUGAAGUCCUGAAUUAAAUCUCAGUGUACACAGUGCCACUAACAUGCUUUUUUCUAAAGUAUCAAAUUAGAGAGAGAAAGAACAAAUAUGUUAACAACUGUAUCAACAAAUGUUAACAACUUAUUUUUAGAAUUAAACAAUUACAUGAGUGUGGAUAAUCUGAAAGGACGUAUUUAUAUUUAUAUUGAUAUGAAAUAUAUUAUUUGAAAAGAAACAUCCUUAAUUUUUAAAACUGUAACCAAACGUUUUAGUCAUAUUAUACAUUAUAACUUGAAGAGCAUUGUAUAUUAAAUCUUUAUUUAUUUUCUUUCAAUUUUUAAUUGAAUAUAAGAACUGCAUCAGAAUAAAACUAAAAAUCAAAUAAUCAUUAAAUUAUCUUGUUAUAAAAGAUAUAAACAAGUGUAUUAAAAUCUAUAAAUAAAUAGAAAUUUAAGUAUAUUUUGUAUUUAUCGAAAACAAAUGGGGAAAUUUUUAUCUUUUAAUUUGUAAGUUUUUUCUUCUGUUAAAGGGUGCUGGGGAUUACAUUAUAGAAAUUUAGCGUGAUAAUACUCUUUGUUCAAGAGUUUAGAACUCAAUGAUUUUUUUUUUAAAUCUAAUAACACAGAUGAGGAUAAAAAUGUUGUAAGUUUAUUUAAGAAUAUUUUUGUAUUUGUUUCCAUCUUGCCAUGAGUUUAGCAUAAUGAUUAUUAGCUACAGAACUAAUGCAAAAGGAAAGACUGUGUAAUAGCAGAUUCAGAAGUAUAUGUCAAAUUGAAGUCAGUGCAAUAAUUUUGUAUUUUCAGUUGCAAAGUUUGGUAUAGAUAGAUUUCUUGUCACUCGGAUCCAUGCUGAUCUGUAGAUUUAGUAGUCUUGAGGACCUUGAUAUAACCUGGAUUUUGUGAACAUUAAAAACACUAAAUUAAUUCUGACUUUUUCUAAGGUUGCUAUGAAAUUUUAUAAUUUAAAUAUUAAUGAGAUGGGGCAUUUGCUAUAAAGCAUUUUGCAGGCUGAAAGAGAAGUUCUUAAUUUAAUGUGCUACAUUUAAUAUCUAAAAAUUUUCAGCUUGUAAAAUUCUUUUAUUUCUUUCAAUCCUUUCAAAGGGGAAAUGAAUGGGUUAUUCAAUCACUGGUAUUAUAAUUAUCGCAGAUUCUAUUGCAGAGAAUUUUCUAUUUGCUGCUUAAUCUCUGUCAGGAUUCUUUUCUAAAUCCUUGUCUUUCAACAAACUGGUUACAUUUUUUAUUAUAUUUACACAAGUCUUUAAGUGCUAUUAACUUACAAAGAAACCAAAAUAAUGUAAAUAUAUUUGAAAAUCUACUUUUCAUGUAAAAGAAAUAUUUCUAAAUUAAAUAAAAAUAAAUCCUUCCUAGCACAGUUUUCUGGCUCUUGAGUAGUUCAGUAUUUGUCACUGUGCUAUAAUAGUCUUAGUGAUGUUUUUUCCCAGUUUCUGGUUGCUGUCAUUUCUGCUGAUAACGAAUGGGUUGCCUAGAAGUUGAAAUGAGAAAAAGUCACUUUUCUGACUAGAUGGUCAUAUAGACUUGUAUACACAUGUUUAAAGAAACCAGUUUCAUAUAUUGUAAUUGCCUUGAACCCAGAGCCUUCUUGCUUUCCUUCUAUUUCCUCUCUGUCCUAUGGGAGCGUGAGUAACAGUCUUGGAAGGGGUUUGGCUGGUGCUGAGGUCAGCCCACCACAUAUAUACUGUCAGAUAAUUACACCUAUACACAGCAGUCAUAAAUGCUACAGAAUAUCUAAAACCCAUUCCCCAUUUAUUCUUCAAUGUAACUUGAGUGUCAUUUGUCCCACAAUAAAAAUUCUGAUGUGUUUUGCAUGACCACAA